AUGGAACAUGACAGGGGGAAGGCUAGCAAGGGGUUUAAAGCUAGCAAACCGUCGAAUAGUAAUUCAGGUAAUACGGCAGCUUUGAAUACUAUAAAUCACAGGGUGUUGAAUAUUGUUGCCAGUCAUGAAGGAAAUUUGGCUAUAGAUGGAAAAUCAAGUGUUAAUGUGGUCGUUAUAGAAGAACAAGAAGGACAGGAGGAAGUAGUCACUGAUGCUAAUUGUAACACUUUUGCCAUCUUAGCCAAUUUGGAAGAAGAAGCAGAAGCAGACGGCAACGUGUUGUAUGCAUAUGCUUGGAAGGGGGUCAACUUUGGAUAA